UUGUGCCAGGCUCUGCACAGCACUUCAUGUCGAUUAUCGCAUUACGUUCUCUAAACUGCCCUCUGAGAUGUCAUAAAAAAAGGUGAAAUUGUGGCUCAGUGAGAUCAAAUAGCUUGUCCCAUGGUCAUAAAGCUAAUGCAUGGAGUUAAAAGUUUGAAUCUAGAUGUUACUAGUAUUAACUGUGCUAUUAGUCACAUAUAUUAAUUUGUCCCCCCUCUUCAGCGUUCCACUAUACUAGAUUUAGUAAGCGAUAUCCAGAACUGAAAAGCAUCUUUUGAAAAAAGGAAGUACUAGUUGCUGGAGGAGAACUGCUCAGAACCGAUACAGAUCUAGACUCUGUAACCUUGCAAUUUUGCUGUGGUUUAGUGCUGUUAAAAUUGCAUUUUGCUUUACUUUUAUCCUUUUGCACUCCAUUGGUAUCAGUGGUUAAGUAAGGCCAUGAUACCGGAGGAUGGGCUGACUUAUUAUGUUAAACGUAGUUUGAAAAACAAGAGCUGAUAUGCUAACAGCUCCUCUGAAAUUGUGACCUCUAGGUUUAUCUCACUAAAAAGGGUGGAUUCACAUAGGUAAUACAGUAUUCUUUGCUUUGACAGGACACUUUCACCUGUUAAGGACUCAGUGACUUUCUGACUUGGAAGUUGUAGACAUAGUGGUUGGAUCCAAGCAGGGCCCAGGAAGAUAGAAAGAUCAAAUUGGGAUUCUAGAAAUAAGAACAGAAAGAGAAUGUCAGUGGUGCACCAGCUGUCACCAGGAUGGUUACUGGAUCAUCUUUCUUUCAUUAACAAGAUCAACUAUCAAGUUCACCAGCAUCAUGAAUCUUGUUGCAGUAAAAAUGAGCCCACUGCUUCUGUUCACCUUGAUUCUGUGUCCUCCUUUGGAUCCUCAACUAAAUUUAUUGCUUCCGACUCUACCACUAAGCCCAAGAAUGAUGGUGGAGGAAAUUGUGAAAUGUUCAUACAAAAAUAUAUUUUUAGAUCUGAACUGUUUGAUAUCACUAAACCUUAUAUAACUUCAGCUAUUCACAAGGAAUGCCAACAAAAUAAUGAAAAGGAAGAUCUAAUGAAUGGUGUUAAAAAAGAAAUCUCCAUUUCUACUCUUGGGAAGAAGCGUAAAAGGUGUGUUGGUUUCAAUCAAGGUGAAUUGGAUGCUAUGGAAUACCAUGAAAAGAUCAGGGGGCUGAUUUUGAAUGGAUCUUCACAGAUAAUCCAAGAAGGUUUAAAAAGUGGCUUUCUUCAUCCACUUUCUGAAAAACAGGACAAGUGUAAUGAGCCCAUUACUUUAUCAUUUGAUACCUGCAAUUUAUCAGAAUUAUGUGAAAUGGCAAAGCAUUUGCCUUCUCUGAAUGAAAUGGAACUUCUGACAUUACAAUUGAUGGAAAACGAUAUGUCUGUUACAGAGCAGGAUUUAUUUUCACGGAUUGUUGAAAACAACUCUAGAUUUACAAAAAUGAUUACUUUAAUGGGACAGAAAUACCUGGUGCCACCAAAAAGCAGUUUUCUUUUGUCUGACAUUUCUUGUAUGCACCCGCUUCUGAAUUGUAGGAAAACAUAUGAUGUGAUUGUGAUAGAUCCACCAUGGCAGAACAAGUCAGUUAAAAGAAGUAACAGGUAUAGUUAUUUGUCACCACUGCAAAUAAAACAAAUACCUAUCCCUAAACUGGCUGCUCCAAACUGUCUUGUUAUUACUUGGGUGACUAAUAGACAGAAGCACUUACGUUUUGUAAAAGAAGAACUUUAUCCUUCGUGGUCUGUGGAGAUAAUUGCUGAAUGGCACUGGUUAAAAAUCACCAAUUCAGGAGAGUUUGUGUUCCCAUUAGAUUCUCCACACAAAAAGCCUUAUGAAGGUCUUAUACUGGGGAGAGUUCAAGAAAAAACUACUUUACCAUUAAGGAAUAUGCUCCCCGUUCCAGAUCACAAAUUAAUUGUUAGUGUACCUUGUACCCUUCACUCACAUAAGCCACCUCUUGCUGAGGUUUUAAAAGACUAUAUCAAGCCAGAUGGGGACUGUUUGGAAUUGUUUGCUCGAAAUUUACAGCCCGGUUGGACUAGCUGGGGCAAUGAAGUCCUCAAAUUUCAACACGUGGAUUAUUUUAUUCCUCUAGAGUCUAGAUAGAAGCUGACUCUGAUCUUAAAGUUGUGAUUUUCAUCAGUUUUACCUCAUCUCUCUCCCUUUAUUCUGAUUUUUUUUUUUAUUAUCAACCAGUAUGCUUAGAAAUGUAAACAGGACAUGGUUGUUCAGCAAAUGGCCAGAGGUGAUUAGCCUUCAUGUGAUUUUGAGAUGAAUUUUACUUCAGUUACACUAGCAUUGUAUAUUAUUCUAGGCUCAUUACAAAUAAAGAUGUUAAGUGUUUAGAAA